UCGUUUUUCACUCUGUCUCUUCCUGCUCAUUCUUCUUCCUCCAACCAAACCCACGCAGUAGAACGAAAUCGAGUUCCGAAACCCUAGACCGAUAGCAGAGGCAAAAGAAGGAAGAACCCCCCCUGAGAUUACGAAACAAUGGCGAUCGCUCGAACAGGAGUUUACGUUGACGAUUACCUGGAGUAUGCAAGCACGCUGCCCGCUGAGCUUCAGAGGCUUCUUAACACGAUCAGGGAACUCGACGAGCGAUCCCAUUCAAUGAUCAAUCAAACGAGGCAACAGACGAAGUUCUGUCUAGGAUUAGCAUCGCAGAGCUCAAGGAAAGGUAAUGGCAAUGGCUGCAAUAACUAUAAUGGUAAUGAAGAGGACGACGCUGUCGAAAGAAUGAGAAAGGAAAUUGAAGCAAAUCAAGACAAUGCCUUAAGUUUGUGCACUGAGAAGGUUUUAUUGGCAAGGCAGGCUCAUGAUCUUAUAGACAGCCAUAUAAAACGGCUUGAUGAGGAUCUGAACAACUUUGCAGAAGAUUUGAAGCAAGAAGGAAAGAUACCGCAAGAUGAACCAGCUAUAUUGCCGCCACUGUCUAUUAUGAUUCCAAAACCGGAAAAGCGUAAACCCUUGUAUGGAACACCUCAAUCAAAAAGGAUGGAUUUUAGGGACAGAGAUUGGGAUCGAGAACGUGAUAGGGAUUUCGAGCUCAUGCCUCCACCAGGGAGCCAUAGAAAGGAUUUUGCUGUACCCGUUGACGUCGAUCAACCAAUUGAUCCCAAUGAACCAACCUAUUGUGUCUGCCAUCAGGUAUCCUUCGGUGAUAUGAUUGCAUGUGAUAACGAAAAUUGCCAAGGAGGAGAAUGGUUCCAUUAUACGUGCGUUGGGCUUACACCAGAGACUCGAUUCAAGGGAAAAUGGUACUGCCCAACCUGCAGGCUUCUACCUCACUGUCAGUGAUGAUAAUACCAUAAUGUUUAUAGUUCCAGUCAAACAGCAGGCUUCUUUUUUGCUUAUCUAUUUUUUCCUUCGUAUUGAUCUGUUGUUGUAGUUGCAGUUGCAACAAUGUAUUUAUUAUGAAAAUGAAUCUGAUGUGAAACAUAUUUAGUACCCAUGAAUUUUUGCUGGGAAAUUGUGCUCUGUUAUCAUGAUGAUUGAUGAACUUCCUUUCCGGCUAUUCAAGUGUCUCACCCUUCCCUGCAGCUAGGUAAAACAGAAGGGGGAAAAAUAUAGAUAAAACAGAGAAGAUUUG